ACUUUUGUUGACUUUUUCUAAUUUUGGCUCAUUUUGCUCAUUUUUGCUCUUUUUUGUAGAUUUUCUAAAAUGGCUGGUCAUUUCUCUCACGCUGGAGGUCCUCCGGGCGCCGGGGAUGAUCCCGAUAUCAUGGCUCUACCUCCGAGGGUUCGACCCUUCAUACCCGAGAGGUACAACCCUCCGACACAUGUGCUCCCCCAGGCAGUUUUCUACUAUUUUACCGAUUUCGAUGAUCGAGCACCCGGGGAUCUGCUUUUGCGAGAGCCGGAGUCCCACCUCUCUCAUGAGGCACGAGAGGUGACCUCCCGUAUAGCACGAGAAUAUGGCUCUGUUGCGGCUAGAGAGUGGUAUACGGAGCUUCCGGAGGCUGUCUGGGAUUUGGUUGACUUGGUAGGGUUUAGGCCCUUCUACUCCGGGAUAUCUCGUUGUCUGGCUAGUAGGACGCUGAUGGGUGCUUUGGUGGAGAGAUGGUGGGACACCACCAACUCCUUUCAUUUCUCUGCUACUGGGGACAUGACUAUGACCCCAUUUGACUUCGCCGUAUUGACCGGCCUUGAUAUGGGAGGCUGGGCGAUCCCAUAUGACGAGGACAUGGGCCAGUGGGAGGCCGCCUGGAUCUACUUAUUGGGAGCUCGCCCGCCAGUUGACAGAUCUUCGGGCAGGGUCCAAUAUACUUGGUUUUCUUCCCAUUUCCGGAGGGUGGAGAUGGAGCCUGAGGCUCCUGAGGAGGUAGCCCAGUAUACCCGCGGAUUUCUGAUGUUCCUCUUCGGGACUACUCUGUUCGCCAAUAGGGGGAACACUGUCGGACUUUAUCUGUUGAGUGCCCUAGUGGACCUAUCACAGGUCCGGCGGUAUGAUUGGGGUGGCGCCAGCCUGGCCACUCUUUAUUGCUAUAUAAGCGCGACCUCCCGCGGACGGGGGAACAUACUUGGCGGUUAUUGGAGAGCCUGUGAGCUAUGGAUCUAUGCAUACUUCCCGACACUAGUCCCGAAGCUCGAGGUGGCGAUGCCUCCCAUGACCCCUUACUCGCUGGUGUUUGAGGGCCCGUACCGGCCGAGACCUCGGGAGUCUUUUCUCUAUCUACGGCAGUACUUUGACACAGUACGGCCAUCAGAGAUCACAUGGCAGCCUUGGGCGCCUUUGGGUAGAGACCUCCGAUUCCAGUUUGCCGAAGCCUGGGGUGCCUCUCGGUACAGGAUCCUAUUAGAGGGGCCGGUUGGCAGGGCCUGGUUUUUAGGGGAGCGCUUCCUGUGCCAGACAUGGGGCUACCUCGUUCAGGACAUUCCCUCAGCACCCCCAGACGACAUGCGGACAGCCGAUAGGCUCCCUCCCCGGGGUGUUGUUGACGCCAGGUUGGGUACUGAUGCAUUUCUUCAUCUGGAGCAGGGAGAGUAUGCGACUUAUCGUCACACAUACUUGAUGCCUUCGUUGACGGGAGUCCAUACUCCGAUGAGGAGACCCGCUGGUAUGCCCUCAUCGGGCCGGGCUCGGGCUGCGGAUGUCCCUUCCACUAGCAGGGCUGGUACAUCUAGAGGUGGGGGUGGAUUAGUUUCCCCGAUUCCUCCGACUCAUCAUCAUCCUGGGUGGCCAGACAUGCCGACCGAGCUGACGGGAUGGCGAUUCAGGACUCUCUACUUGAUUCCGAUAGAGCCUCCCAUGUUUGACCACAAAUAUGUCAAAGAUCCUGAUUCGCCGCGCCUCCGGUCGAGUAUAUGGAUGAGAUGCUCGGGAUGAUGGCCACACUCGAGGGCAUGGUCUUACGGAGAGAGGCACAGUUGUCCAUCAUGGGUGUCCAGGUACUCUUUAAUUUUCUCGCAUUUAUCAUAC